UGUGUGUCUCCUCCCGUCCUCCACCGGGGGACACGCUCCUCUCUGCGGCUAUGGACCCGCGCAGCAGCCCGGGCCCCUCUCCCCUCCCCGGACACACCGCGGCCGACGCCUCGCUCUGUCUCCUGGAGGGAUUUACUGAAGCUGGAAGGACGCGGUUCGUCUGGAGCUGAGCGGAAUGUGUCGGUCGUGCCCUGCGUAAUCAGUUACCAAGAUGACAUAAUGGAAAUGCAGUCUUCCAGUGAUGUUCUAAAAUCAGAUGGAGUUCACAACGGGGUUUGAGGAGGCCUAGAAGAUGGUUUGAACCAGCUCCACACUCUGUCUUCAGGUCUGUGUCAGUUGAAGGUGCCGCAUACACCAUGAGCGAGCAGGAGGUGGCGCUGCGGGAGGAGAACCCGCCUCCCUACAUCAUCUUCGUGGUGGUCUUCCUGUUCUUCCUGACGGGGCUGGGCGGCUUCCUCGUCUGCCACCUGCUCAAAAAGAAGGGCUACAGCUGCCACAUGGAGGACGAGCUGGAGGACGAGGACCAGCUGGAGAACCAGGACGAUGACGACGACGAAAACCAGGACACGGUGGAGCAGAUCCUCAAAUGCAUUAUUGAAAAUGAAGCCAACAUGGAAGCCUUCAACGAGAUGCUUGGAAACCGCAAUGUGUGUGUGCGCCACGACCCCAGGCUGCGUAAGGAGUCGAUUGGCGGCGUGCCCCCCCACCUACACACGGUCCACUCGGGCGCUGACCUCCACAACACGUGCCACCUGUGUGCGCAGAGCCGGAGCAGGAGAGGCCAGCGCAGAGCCAGCCGCACGCCACGUCGGCCCGGGGAGCAGACCGUCUUCUCUGUGGGCAGAUUCCGGGUCACACACACAGGCAAGAAGAACCCGGACAUCAGCGGCAGGAUUCCGGACGUGCUGGUCGGCUCCGGGGACCAACUGGACCAAUCCCAGGACAGCGACGAUAGGAAGGACGCCGGCUACAACCUGCGAAACAUGUUCAAGGACGUCGUCCCCCCUUCAGAAAGCACCAACGACAUGUGGCUCCGAACACGGGGAAGAGGAGGAGAAGCCUGACGUUAUUCGGGUUGAGGCGUGGUAGCGACCCCACCGGCGUUAAGGUGGUCAGUACCGGCAGGGACGGGGUGAAAUUCAUCCCACAGCCAGUUGUGUUGGAGGAGCCGCAAAACGAGGAUGGCGAAAAUGGAAGCAAAGACAUUCAUUUCAAAAGUGUGGCGGAUCCGAUAGAAGUGAAAACAUCUGUUUCUGAUGCGUCUGCAAUCAAAACUCGAGCGUCAAAUGCCAUUGCUGUGGGAAGUUCAACGCAAGGAACUAAAAAUGUACCUGCAGCAUCAACACCUGCACCAAGCUCGCUUCAGAUGUCCCUCAAAUCUUCUCCAAAAUCGCCGGAAACUGUUGAGGAGACAAACCAACAUGUUCUUCUAAGCCCUGGACCCUUGCAAACCUCCACACCUUUAUCCCCUUUGCCCGAUCCUGGUGAAGUGCUCAGCCCGUUCGCAGCUGACUCAAAUUUUCCGAUAGAUCUUCCAAGCACCCAGACACCUCCUGAUCCCUGCACCAGUCCCGUUCUGGAGCAUGACUCGUUUGCUAGCCCAGCGCUGAUCAGCUUAGGUUCCUCACCGCAUUCGUAUUCAGUAAGAACUCCUACUUCGCCAAUAGCCGUUACGCCAAGUCCAAAAUUUAGCGCUAAAGAUACUUCGCAACCUGCUUCGAGUCCUAAACUGUCGUCAGAUCAACCUAGAGGAUCGGCAUUAAGGUCUUCGGACAAAAGUAUGUCAUCUUUGCAGAUCUCUUCUCCAAGUUUUAGCUUACAAGAGGAUAUAUCAGAACUUGGUCUCGGAAGUCAAACAAAGCCAGAAGGUUCCAUCACGCAGCAAUCGAUGGAGAAACCUGAAUUGCAGAACCUCGGAAUUGCGGAUGACGGUAGAAGUUCUCCACAGCUGUCUCCGUCCUCUCCUCUAGGGGGCAGAGUAAGCGGCGUGACCAUUGUUAAAGCUCGUCCGGACAGCAAGAGGGAAUUCUCUGUGGUCACUAUGGUGGAAGAUCAGGUGGUGGCUUCAGGUUCAGAGGUGGAACCUGGAGAUGACGGUGGAGCACAAGUGACUCUAAGAGAUGAGAAGGACGUUGAGGCAGUGGAAGAACCAAAGGACGUAGCAAAGGAUGAAACUUUGCAAGACUAAUGGAAAAUGUUACUCACACGAACAUUCAAUCAUGCAAUACAAUACUGGUUCCCCAAUUGUGGUACUUUGCGUAAAAUCUUCACUGUUGGUCUACAGGGUUCCCACGGUCAUGGAAAUCCUGGAAAAGUCGCGGAAACUGUGUAAAUUCAAUGAAAGUUUUGAAAAAGUCAUGAAAUUUUAGUAUCUCUUUCACGCAGCUACAGCGUUCUGUUAAAUUAUCAUUAGGCUGUUAUGGUUAUUUACGAACAUCUGCGCCUUUUGUUUAAAAGAAACGACAAUAAAUGCACUGACACGAUUUUGAAUAUUAAAAAACUAUAAACCAAACCAUUAGAUGAGUGGAAAGGGUUAACAUUUCAUAUUUCGCCCUAAAAGUCUGAUCAAUUUUAUACAUGUAGGUGCCGUAAAGUCAUGGAAAAUUCACUUUAGGUCAGUUUUGAAAAUCUGUCAGAGAAAAAGAGUGGGAACCCUGGGUCUAUCCAUUUAUCUCUCCGAAAUAUUUGAGAUAUUGUGGCUGACGUUCAAAUGUCGAAGGGACUGGGAACCACGGCAAUAAAAUUAAGAAUGUGACAGUUGUUUUUUUGUGCUCUGAACCAUUAAAGAGUUGGUAUUAUGCAAAAUA